CAGCUCGGUACGUUCGAAGGGCGUUGGCGGAAAUUACCGAAGAUGCCCGAAGCCGUCGGGACGGACCCGAGUACCUCACGCAAGAUGGCGGAGCUGGAGGAGGUGACUCUGGACGGGAAGCCUCUUCAGGCGCUGCGGGUGACCGACCUGAAGGCCGCACUGGAGCAGCGAGGCCUAGCGAAGAGCGGGCAGAAGAGUGCUCUGGUCAAGCGGCUCAAAGGGGCUCUAAUGCUAGAAAAUUUACAGAAACACUCAACACCCCAUGCUGCAUUCCAGCCAAAUUCCCAGAUUGGCGAGGAAAUGAGCCAGAACAGUUUCAUAAAGCAGUAUCUGGAAAAGCAGCAGGAGCUACUUAGGCAGCGUCUGGAACGUGAAGCCCGAGAAGCUGCAGAACUUGAAGAAGCUUCAGCUGAGUCGGAGGACGAGAUGAUCCAUCCUGAGGGAGUGGCUUCCCUGCUGCCUCCUGACUUUCAGAGCAGCCUGGAGAGACCAGAGCUGGAGCUCAGCAGACAUUCGCCCAGAAAAAGCUCUAUUUCUGAAGAGAAAGGUGAAUCUGAUGAUGAUAAACCAAGGAAAGGAGAAAGACGAUCAUCCAGGGUCAGACAGGCAAGAGCAGCUAAACUCUCUGAGUGUAGCCAGGUGGCUGAGGAGGAAGAGGAUCAAGAAACACCUUCCAGAAAUCUGAGGGUCAGAGCAGAUCGAAAUUUGAAAACGGAGGAGGAAGAAGAAGAGGAGGAAGAAGAGGAAGAAGAGGAGGAAGAGGAAGAGGAAGAUGAAGGACAAAAAUCUAGGGAUGCACCAGUCAUGAAACAACUUGAGGAAGCAGAAGAGGGGGAAGAGAUGCCCAGAGCAAAACCAGAGGAGGUGAUAGAUGAGAGACCCCAAACCAUAAGAUCCCAGGAACAGGAGGGGUUAGAGAGAGGGGGAAGAGUCACAAGGUCCCAGGAAGAAGCCAGAAGAAGUCUUAUGGCCAGACAUCAGCAGGAGAAAGAAAUGAAAACAGUUUCUUCCCUUGAGGAAGAAGAAAAGGAAAUAAAAUCUUCACAAGGCUUGGAGGAAAAAUCGAAGUCCCCUUCCCCUCCUCGACUGAUUGAAGAUCUGGAGAAGGCCCCUCUUGUGCUACAACCAGAGCAAAAUGCCAGUGAGGAGGAAACUCCCCCACCUUUACUUACCAAGGAAGCAUCUUCACCGCCUAAUGCACAGCUCCAGGGUGAAGAAGAAAUAGAGCCCAUGGAAGGCCCAGCUCCCCCUGUCCUCACUCAGCUAUCUCCUGCUAAUACAGAUGCUGAGGCCAGGGAGCUAUUAAUAUCUCAGCAUACUGUCCAGUUGGUGGGAGGCCUGUCUCCUUUGUCAAGUCCUGCAAACACCAAAGCAGAAUCUCUAGCAGAGAAAGUGCCAGAGGAGAGUGUCCUGCCCCUAGUUCAGAAAAACACACUAACUGAAUGCUCACCCCAGAAGGGUCUUGAAACUGAGUCAGAAAAAUCUGCUCAACCACUCCCUCUUAAAAUCGAGGAAUUAGCACCGGCCAAAGGGAUCACUGAGGAAUCUCUGAAACAGCUGUCUUUGGAACAGAAGGAAGGUAGAAGGGCUUCUCAUACCCUUCUCCCAAGCCACAGAUUAAAACAGUCAGCUGACUCCUCCUCAAGCCGGUCGUCCUCUUCAUCCUCCAGUUCUAGAUCAAGAUCUCGCUCUCCUGACAGCUCAGGCUCUCAGUCUCACUCAUCUCCAAAAUCCAAGCAGAGAGAUGUAUCUCGGGCACGUACUCACACCAACCCUCGUGGUAGAUCCGAGAUGGGCUCCCGAUCCACAUCAGAGUCCAGGUCACGUUCCCGUUCCCGUUCCCGUUCUCGUUCAGCUUCAAGCAACAGCAGAAAAGGGAGCCCAAAGAAGUGUGAAGCUGAAGAGGCAGAGCCACCAGCUGCCACACAGCCCCAAACCUCAGAGACCCUGACCGCUCACCUACCAGAAUCAGAAAGGAUUCAUCACACUGUUGAGGAGAAGGAGGAAGUGACCAUGGACACAAGUGAAAACAGACCUGAAAAUGAGGUUCCAGAACCCCCCAUGCCUAUUGCAGACCAAGUCAGCAAUGAUGACCGCCCAGAGGGCAGUGCUGAAGAUGAGGAGAAGAAAGAGAGCUCGCUGCCCAAAUCAUUCAAGAGGAAGAUCUCCGUUGUCUCAGCUACCAAGGGGUUGCCAGCUGGAAACAGUGACACAGAGGGGGGCCAGCCUGGUCGGAAGCGGCGUUGGGGAGCCAGCACAGCCACCACGCAGAAGAAACCCUCCAUCAGUAUCACCACCGAGUCACUCAAGAGCCUCAUCCCCGACAUCAAACCCCUGGCGGGGCAGGAGGCUAUUGUGGAUCUUCAUGCUGACGACUCCCGAAUCUCUGAGGAUGAGACAGAGCGUAAUGGUGACGAUGGAACCCAUGACAAGGGGCUGAAGAUAUGCCGGACUGUCACCCAGGUCGUACCUGCAGAGGGCCAGGAGAAUGGGCAAAGGGAAGAAGAGGAAGAAGAGAAGGAGCCUGAAGCAGAACCCCCUAUACCUCCCCAGGUUUCAGUAGAGGUGGCCUUGCCCCCACCUGUGGAGCAUGAAGUAAAGAAAGUGACUUUAGGAGAUACCUUAACUCGACGUUCCAUUAGCCAGCAAAAGUCUGGAGUUUCCAUUACAAUUGAUGACCCAGUCCGAACUGCUCAGGUGCCCUCCCCGCCCCGGGGCAAGAUCAGUAACAUCGUCCACAUCUCCAAUUUGGUGCGUCCCUUCACUUUAGGCCAACUAAAGGAAUUGUUGGGCCGGACGGGAACUCUGGUGGAAGAGGCCUUCUGGAUUGACAAGAUCAAAUCUCACUGCUUUGUCACGUACUCAACAGUAGAGGAGGCAGUUGCCACUCGCACAGCGCUACAUGGGGUCAAAUGGCCCCAGUCCAAUCCCAAAUUCCUUUGUGCUGACUAUGCCGAGCAAGAUGAGCUGGAUUAUCACCGGGGCCUCUUGGUGGACCGUCCCUCUGAAACUAAGACAGAGGAGCAGGGGGUACCACGGCCCCUGCACCCCCCGCCCCCACCCCCAGCCCAGCCACCACAGCACCCCCGGGCAGAGCAGCGGGAGCAGGAGCGGGCGGUGCGGGAACAGUGGGCAGAGCGGGAACGGGAAAUGGAGCGGCGGGAGCGAACUCGAUCAGAGCGUGAAUGGGAUCGGGACAAAGUUCGAGAAGGUCCCCGUUCCCGAUCACGGUCCCGUGACCGCCGCCGCAAGGAACGUGCGAAGUCUAAAGAAAAGAAGAGUGAGAAGAAAGAGAAAGCUCAGGAGGAACCGCCUGCCAAGCUGCUGGACGACCUUUUCCGUAAGACCAAGGCAGCUCCCUGCAUCUAUUGGCUCCCGCUGACUGACAGCCAGAUUGUUCAGAAGGAGGCUGAGCGGGCUGAACGGGCCAAGGAGCGGGAGAAGCGGCGAAAGGAGCAAGAAGAGGAAGAGCAAAAGGAGCGGGAGAAGGAAGCAGAACGGGAACGGAACCGGCAGCUAGAGCGGGAGAAGCGUCGCGAGCACAGCCGAGAGAGGGACAGGGAGAGAGAGAGGGAAAGGGAGCGUGACCGGGGUGAUCGGGAGAGGGAGAGGGAGAGGGACCGGGAGCGAGGCAGGGAGAGGGACCGCAGAGACACCAAGCGCCACAGCAGGAGCCGGAGUCGGAGCACGCCUGUGCGGGACCGGGGCGGGCGCCGCUAGCUGGGAACACACGAGCGAGAGCUGCAGGCAUCAGCCACCCUGCCCCGGGGGGUUCGAGGCCACAGAGGGAUAGGUACAAUCUCCACCGCCCUAGAACCAGGGGUCUUUCACACCAUUUACCCAGUGCUCAAGUAUGGCUGCCACCUGUCCCCACAUACCAAAUGGAGCAGUGGCCGUCUUUCCCCCCAGAGCCCCACCCCCAUAACCUAUCUCUUGGGAGUUAGCCCUCUCCUCACUCUCCUUUCCCACUGUUGAGUCUGAGAGGGAAGAGCUAGGUUAGGGAGGGAGGUGGUUGGCCCAGAGGUGGGGAACAGCCAAGAGCCCCAGACCUCUCAUUUUUCCUCCAUCCUGCUCACCACCUCCUUUGGGUACUCACAACCCCCUCUUGGGAACAGCCGGGGCCAGGACUGGGUCACCUAUGAGCUGAAUCAGCAUCUCCUCCUGAGUCCCAGGGCCCCUGCAGUUCCCAGUCUCUUCUGUCCUGCAGCCCUUGCCUUCUGCCCACCGGUUCCACUUUAUAUCCACCUUUUCCUUUUGUUCAAUUUUUAUUUUUAUUUUUUUUAUUAUUAAAUGAUGUGGUCUAUGGAAAAUAAUAAAAAUCUGACUUAG